AUAUAAAUACGGCCAGAUACCGGCCGAUGGUUAUCAGUCGUUGGUUCGAUAUCGGCAAAGACCCACAAAGCCCGAGACCGAAAACGAAAAAAAUGAAGUGCUCCAUCGCAGUGCUCUUGGUGAUUGUCGCUCUAUCUUCGGCGGAGCCCCAAAGAAAUGGCCGUGUUCAAGCCCAGCCACCUUAUCAGCCCAGAGGGUUCCGUCCAGCAGGCCCAGCUUUCAGCCUGCCUUUAAAAUCGCAGCAGCAGCAGCUGCCUCCUACGCCUGCAGCCUCCUACGGGCCUCCUACUCAGGAAUACGGACCGCCCGCUGAAGAAGCGACCACCACUGAAGCAGCCCCCACCACCACCACUGAAACCAUUGAAACCACCACUCUGGAACAGCAGGCUGAAAACUUCCGAGUGGCCCCAGUGAGCCAGAAGCUGCAAGAAGCGCCAGCCAAUCCGGCUGGAUUAUACGUGGUGGUGCCACAAGCGGACAGUUUCUUCUACGCCCCAAUCCAAGGAGCGUCCGCCAAGCUGGUGGCGCAGCCCCAACAGCCCCGGCUGGUCCCCGUUCAGGCUGUGCCAGCUUUUGCGAAAAUCCAAGAAGUUCCUCGGUUUGCCCAAAUAGUUGACUAUCAGGGGGUGGCUUCAGGGGCCGCUCUUCCGGUUGUUUCAUCAGCAUACACUUCGAUUGUUAACACUCCCUACAGCUCCAGCUUCGUCCAAAGUUUCCAAUAGUAGGGAGAUGAGUUGACUUUUUAGUAGUUAUGUUUAUUUGCAUCCAGUUUAUAUAUAAAUUAUUUAUUGUC